AUGCAGAUCUUCGUCAAGACUCUUACCGGCAAGACCAUCACUUUGGAGGUUGAGUCGAGCGACACUAUCGACAAUGUCAAGAGCAAGAUUCAGGACAAGGAGGGCAUUCCUCCUGACCAGCAGCGCUUGAUCUUCGCUGGAAAGCAGCUUGAGGAUGGCCGUACCCUAUCCGACUAUAAUAUCCAGAAGGAGUCCACCCUUCACCUUGUUCUUCGUCUGCGUGGUGGAAUGCAGAUCUUCGUGAAGACUCUCACAGGAAAGACUAUCACCCUUGAGGUCGAGUCGAGCGAUACCAUCGACAACGUCAAGAGCAAGAUCCAGGACAAGGAAGGCAUUCCUCCCGACCAGCAACGUUUGAUCUUCGCUGGUAAGCAACUGGAGGACGGCCGCACUCUGUCCGACUACAAUAUUCAGAAGGAAUCCACUCUUCACUUGGUUCUGCGCUUGCGUGGUGGUAUGCAGAUUUUCGUCAAGACUCUCACUGGAAAGACAAUCACACUGGAGGUUGAAUCAUCCGACACAAUCGACAAUGUGAAGUCAAAGAUUCAAGAUAAGGAGGGAAUCCCCCCUGACCAGCAGCGUCUCAUUUUUGCCGGCAAGCAGCUUGAAGAUGGUCGCACCCUGUCUGACUACAACAUCCAAAAGGAGUCCACAUUGCACUUGGUCCUGCGUCUUCGUGGUGGUAUGCAGAUCUUUGUCAAGACACUCACUGGCAAGACCAUCACUUUGGAAGUUGAGAGCUCGGACACUAUCGAUAACGUCAAGUCCAAGAUUCAAGACAAGGAAGGUAUCCCCCCGGACCAGCAACGUCUUAUCUUUGCUGGUAAGCAGCUAGAGGAUGGACGCACGCUCUCCGACUACAACAUCCAGAAGGAGAGCACCUUACAUCUGGUCCUGCGUCUCCGUGGUGGAAAUUAA